AUGGGCAACCGCGGGCGGCGUCGGGAUCGCAACCAACCGGAAAUAUUGUCGAUCCGUUGGAAGAAGCCACGAGGAGCCGUCGUGAUCCAAUACGCGGACGGUAGUCGAUACGAAGGUGGCGUGGAUGAAGAUGAAAAGCGGCAUGGCACAGGUGUGCACAUACUGCGAUCUGGUCACAUUUUCGAGGGCGGAUGGGCUCACGGAGAUUUUGAAGGAUUUGGUAUGCAGACUUUUGCCGGCACCGGCGACUGUCACGAAGGCAUGUACCGAAAGAACCACCGCCAUGGAACGGGGACAUAUUUGUGGGCCAACGGUGACAAAUAUAUUGGCAAUUGGCGAGUUGGCAAGAUGCAUGGUAACGGCACGUUCGUUUGGAAGAAUGGUGACAGCUAUGACGGUGAAUGGAAAAAGGGAGUGAUGCACGGCAAAGGCAAGAAGAUCUUCUCUACCGGGGACAUAAUUGACGGUGGAUGGAGGCAUAAUCAGGUGAGCGGAUGGGGUACCAAGGUGUUCGCCACUGGCGACAAAUACGAGGGUUAUUUUGUCAAGGGUGAACGCGAAGGGUUUGGCAAGUACACGUGGGUGUGUGGAGACUCGCACGAAGGCACGUGGCGUCAAGGUAUGAUGCAUGGCAAAGGUGUGUUUACGACGGCAGGAGGCUCACUGCACGGUACGUGGGAAAAGGGCGAGCUGAUCGGUCAGGGCGUACAUCGAUUCCAAUGGGGCGGUGUUUACACUGGCGAGUAUAAAGCUGGUGAGCGACACGGUGUCGGUACUCUCACCUUCGCCUCUGGAGAAAUAUACGAAGGCGAAUGGCAUAAGGGCGAAGUUGAAGGCUAUGGAUCGUGGCUUUCACCCGACGGUAGGAAUUAUAUCGGUACGUGGAUUCAUGGUUUCCCAUCCGGCCGGGGUAUAUUCUGUCGGGAACAUGAUGAAGAAGGCGGGGAAGAUAACGACGGUGACGAUGGGAUCCCUGAAGAAAGGCCUCCAUUUGAGGUUGGAGUGUUCAAACGAGGAAAACUAAUUACCAGUGGUAAGCAUCUCUUUAUCGGGCGGCUCACCGCGCCGUCCUAG